AUCUCCGCAGAAAGUAAACAUUGCAGCAGCCGAAGGAGGGACGAGAGAAACAACGCACGUGUGUCAGUAAAUACUACGGAAGCCCAUUUUAAGCCAGUCUCAUUGUUGACUGCUGGGGUUUACGACAGGAGCCGUAAAUGUCAUUGAGUCCGUGGACAAUUUGAAGUACAAAUGGUCAUGAUAGAUCAAUCGAAGAUGGACGAUAAUAUCAAUGCAAUUGUGGCAUCAGAUUUGCCUAGGGGAGUUGCAUUACUGGCUGAUCUGACAACAAACAUCAAUAAUAUUACUGUUGGACUCCUUGCAUUGAAAGAAAAGAUUGAAAAUGAUGAAUUAAACUCCUCUAAGGGCCUAAGUCUGCUGGAGUUGAAGAAUCAGUCCUUUUUGAUGUAUUUGUCCAAUCUUGCUUGUGUGACUCUUCGUAAACUACGCGGGGCAAAGUUAGAGAAUGAUCCAUCUAUUGAUCGUUUGGUUGAAUAA